GUGUUUGUCAGUGUGUUCCGCUUCUUUGCAAGGCUACAGUAAACUGUGUGUUCAUUCCGGUGUUGUUGGCUGAAGCAGAACGGACGUCGGCGUCUCUCUGUGUCUGAGUGAAGCCUGCCUGCUGGUUUAGGAGGCGCAUUCCUGUGUGUGUGGACGUGACACGGGCUGAGGAGCCUCACUGCUGAGGCGGGAAGGUUGAAAGGAGGACACACGCUCGACCACUCGUCCAGAUGGACUAACAGAGAAGGCUGAAGCACGGGGCAUAAGAGAUGAGGGCUCACACACACGUUCUCUUGUGAAUGGAGCAGGGUGAGGAGUGAGAAUGCGUUUUCUGGCCUCCCGGGUCCACUACAAGACCCUGAUAGUGAUCUGCGCACUUCUCUCUCUUGUCACCGUGGUGCUGUGGAACAGGUGCACCAAUGAGAAGGUGUUACAUUCCCUGCCCCGGGCCCCUUUAGCCCCACCCAGCCCCGGGGCGGCCGGACUUCAGCAGCAGGCCCAGCCCCCUGAGGCCCCGCCAGUGGUUGGAGGCGGAGUCAGAUACGAGGAGAUCGACUGCCUUAUCAACGAUGACGUCACUAUUAAAGGGAGGCGCGAGGGCACGGAGGUCUACAUGCCCUUCAGCUGGAUGGAGAAAUACUUUGAGGUGUACGGCAAAGUGGUCCAGUAUGACGGCUAUGACCGCUUCGAGUUCUCACACAGCUAUUCCAAAGUGUACACUCAGCGGGAGCCUUACCGCCCCAGCGGAGUCUUCAUGUCCUUCGAAGGGUACAAUGUGGAGGUCCGUGACAGAGUGAAGUGCAUCAGUGGCGUGGAAGGAGUGCCUCUGUCAACACAGUGGGGUCCUCAGGGUUAUUUCUAUGCCAUUCAGAUAGCGCAGUAUGGUCUGAGUCACUUCAGUAAGAACCUGACUGAGCGAGCACCCCAUGUGGAGGUGUAUGACACAGCUGAGGAGCACAACAGCAAGCCAAACACGUGGAGUGUCCCCAAGGGCUGCACUCUCACCACAAGCUACGACAAGACUCGUGCCUCCACCGUCCGUCUGUUUAACGCUCCAGAGAAUUCUGAGGGCAUCUCUCUUUCUCUUGGCAACACGAAGGAUUUCAUCAUCUCCUUUGACCUGAAAUUCACCUCCAAUGGCAGCGUGUCUGUCGUACUGGAAACGACUGAGAAGGGGCCUCCAUUUGUGAUCCACUAUGUCACUACCAGUCAGCUCAUUGCCUUUAAAGACCGCUCUAUCACCUAUGGCAUUGGGCCUCGUUCCGCCUGGACCACAGUAACCCGGGACCUCCUCACAGAUCUGCGCAAGGGCAUUGGCCUGUCCAACACCAAGGCUGUCAAAGCCACCAAGACCAUGCCACGGCGCGUGGUCAAGAUGAUUUUGCAUGGUCGAGGUGCUAUCGACAAUGUGGCCAUCUCCACUACGGCUCACAUGGCUGCAUUCUUCGCUGCCAGUGAUUGGCUACUGAAGAACCAGGAUGAACGCGGCGGCUGGCCAAUAAUGGUCACCCGCAAGCUGGGUGAGGGCUUCCGGCCCUUGGAGCCUGGCUGGUAUUCAGCAAUGGCACAAGGCCAGGCCAUGUCUACCCUGGUAAGGGCAUAUCUACUUACCAAGGAUGAGAAAUAUCUGAAAGCAGCACUGCGUGCCACAGGUCCUUAUAAGGUGCCAUCCGAGAAGCAUGGUGUGAAAGCCGUCUUUAUGAACAAGUACGAAUGGUACGAAGAGUACCCAACCACACCAAGUUCAUUCGUCCUCAAUGGCUUUAUCUACUCUCUAAUUGGGCUCUAUGACCUGGCACAGACAGCAAGCGACGAGAACGGACGCGAGGCAGCACGACUAUACGCCAAGGGCAUGGAAUCGCUCAAGGCCAUGGUGCCACUUUAUGACACAGGUUCGGGUACCAUUUAUGAUCUACGUCAUUUCAUGCUAGGCACAGCGCCCAACCUGGCACGAUGGGACUACCACACUACGCACAUCAAUCAGUUGCAGCUGUUGGCUUCCAUAGAUGACUCGCCGAUCUUCAGGGACUUCGCCAAGCGCUGGAAAAGCUACAUGAAAGGAGGACGAGCCAAGCACAACUAGAGCUGCAGGCAAUGGUGGACAAAUACCCGCCGGCACUCGGCAUAAAACGCCUCAAUCCCUGAGGGGAAGCUGAGUUAGCCCAUGGAGUAAGAACUGAGGGUAAAGCCCAGAAUGGUCUAGCUAAAUCCUGCUGCAGUUUCCAGCCAUUAGCCAUGGCUAACCUCUCGGGUUUUUUGGGCUUGAAACUAAUCUGUGCUGGAGGCUCUAAUUAAGUACAAAUGCAAUGUUUAUGGCAAAAGUGUGUAUGGUUGAAUUGGAGUGGGGAUUUGCUUGACCUAAAUCUGCAGGUGAGGUAUCCAGGACGAUUAGUUAUGUUCGCACACACUUGGACGUGGGGAUAUCACAGUGAUUAUCACAACCUUCUUCCAAAAUUCUCUCCUGAUACUUGUGCAGACGUCAAUAUAAAUAAUAAUAAUAAUAAUAAUAAUAAUAGGGAAAAUACAACAUCCAUGCCUUAUCAGGCAUCCUCAGUAAAAGUAAUUAAGAAAAGUCUUUUGGUCAAAAAGAAAGGUAACCUGGGAAAUGCUUCCAACUGUUUGUUGUCUCUGCAAUUCGAGCUAAGCUCUGAUAAAGACAUAGUUCUUAGCUCAGUAACAAACCUCAGGCCCCACAAUUAAAUUUGCGUCCUUCCUACGCUGCCUGAGUGCUCCACUACACUUUGUGUGUUUGGUAAAGAUGGGGGAAAAACUUGCCACUACUAGCUGCCAGCACUGGCAUUUAUGUUCUCAAAAAGGCAAUAGGUUUGGGCUGAGUUAUGGAUAUUCACAAUGCAGUGUGUUUUUGAAACCUCAGUGUAUUUGUAAUGGCAGAGCUUUUUCAAAUAAUAUAAAGAUACUAUAAUUCAUAGGUUGAUCCUUGAGCCUGACCAAGUGAGGCUAUUAUAAUUAUUAUAAUAGAUAGGCUGACAAGUCACAUGAUAAAGAAUUGAUUGAAUAAAGAAUUAAAAUUGUGAAAAAAAAAAAGAUUUGUCAGAACAAAGACAUUCAACAGCUGAUUUGCAGAAAUGAAGGAAAGUCUGCAAUACGCUAUAUGGCCAAAAGUAUGUGGACACCUGACCAAUCACACCCUUCUUAUUCAACAUCCUAUUAUAGAUUUAAUCCCCACUUUCCUGUUAUAAUAACCUCUACUCUUCUGGGAAGGCUUUCCACUAGAUUUUGGAGCGUGGCUGUGGGGAUUUGAGAUCAUUCAGCCACGAGAGCAUUAGUGAGGUCAGGCACUGAUGUUGGGUAAGAAGGCCUGGCACACAGUCGGCAUUCCAGUUCAUCCCGAAGGUGUUCAGUGUUCACCUGUGCAGGCCACUCGAGUUCUUCCACGCUAACCUUUGUGCACAGGGGCAUUGUCGUGCUGGAACAGGUUUGGACCUCUUGGUCCACUGAAGAGAAAUUGUAAUUAUACAGCAUACAAAGACAUCCUAUACAAUUGUGUGCUUCAAACUUGUGGGAACAGUUUGGGGAAGACUUACAUAUGGGUGUGAUGGUCAGGUGUCCACAAAACUUUUGGCCAUAUAAUGUAUAUUUCCUCAACACGCUCUCAUGAGAAAUUUGUGAAAUGCAAACAAUUGAGGAAGAUGUGGUUGGAUUUCAUUCAAUUUCAUACAAAUUAAUUAAGAAAUUGACUAAUCGUUGACACUAACUCUGAAUUUGAAUAGAAUCUCUUCCUAUCAGUUAAUCUGCGUGAAUAGACCAUAUUUAUUUCCUUGAUGGCUACAUUGACCAUUAGAUCUAGCAAUGAAAUGGAAGUGUCAGAAGUUGAAGAUUGUGUUUUGGUGAUAAAAAAAAAUCUACUUAUUGAAAGUGUUGAUACAAGAUAUCUCUGUAAAGUAUAAAUCUGCUCCUGCUGUAGUGGUAUGGAUAUAUCAUGGGCAAGAAUUUAGGGUGGUGCACAACAAUCCCAGCCUGUGUUUUUUGCAUACUUGCCAAAAGGCACACAGGAACUAAUAUGAAACCUUAAUGGAGAAAGUAUAUGAGGCCACACAAUAAUAAUAUAAAAUGAUUUUAGAAAAAGUUUGAGUAAGUAAUCCAUAAAUGGCGUUUCUUGGGGCUAGCCAGGCGUAAUCUUCUGAACAUUGUCCUUGACUGAGUAUUAAAUCCACGACAGUUUUGGUUGAUUGUGAACCGCAUGUAGCAGCAAUGUGAGCCAGUGAUUUUUCCCAGUGCUCCACUGGGACAGGGUGACUGAGAACAGUUUACUGCAGACUCUGCAGUUCUACAGAAACAUUUCAGUAGCAUGACCGACCAUUUGCUGUCAUUCCCCAGCAUCUUGAUCCAUAAACCUUAACCAAAUGCUAAAAGCUGUAGGAAACUAAAUGUCUUCAUAAAACGGUCUCAGAUCCCAACAGUCAGAACCGCACUAGGUUUUACUCACAUUCUGUUCACUCACAUCCUAUCAAUGACCGCAUCAUUUGGUUCCUUUGUGUGAAUAUGUGUACGGUCUUUAAACGGUUUACAAUAUUUAUAUAGUUUCUACUCAGCCCUCUCGUAACAGCAGGUUUGAAUUGGACGCAUAAUGAAAUUUUAUGGAUUGUUGAUUGCAGCAUUGUAGCAUGACUCAUUUCCCUUUUAUUUUUUCUCCUUUUCCUAAACCAUUACCUUGUCUUGAAGUUUGAGUCUAAAUCAUGAGCUGAAUGAAUGCCCUUUGGGAAUGUGGAUUGGCAGAACAUCUGGCUUAACUUCAUACUUCAUAUAAGUGAAGUAUGUAGCGCGUACAUCAAACUACAGAUUGCACCGAAUCUGUUCAUUGAAGCAGAAGAGAAAGACUGAUUCUCAUAAGCUAUUCAGUGUAUUUUCUCUAUUCAAGUUUUGGUAACUUUACUUAAAGGUAGUGAUUAUAGGGCUAUUUGACACCUACAUAAAUACCCUUCAUAAACCCAUGUAAGCAUUUAUUAAGGCUUCUAACAAACGUUUCAUAACACCAGUGUCAAGUGACAGAUUUUUAUUGACAUAAAGUUGGGUUGUGUUAGAUCGUCAUGACAACUGACUGACUUUGUAGCUCAGUAUACCUAUAGUACAUUUCUAAGAUUUGAUAAGUUCUUCUGGGAAUGCCAUCCAUGGCUCUGUCAUGACUGAUCAUUUUUUCAUCUUUUCUUUGGUAAUUUCUUUAGUCUAUCACUAUUUAUGAGAUUGCUAUAAAUCUUGUAACAGUCUCAACACCAUAAAUGACAGUUAUGUGUAAUUACCCUGACUUCCCAUCAACGUUGAAUAACUCUGACAUACCAGAAGUACUCUGAGCUAUAAAGUAUUAAUGAAUGAUGAAUGUAAGUCAUCAUCAGAACAACCUUAUGUCAGUAAAAAAAUUCAAUGAGGUGUUAUGUCAACUUGAUAUCAAAAUGAACAAAAGCAGUCUUUGACAGCCGGCUCCUGUUAGAGGGGGGGAGAAAACUUUCUUUAAAGUUUUUCACGUGUCCAAUAUUUUUUUUAUAGGCUUAUGUAGGUUUUAUCUAGCCCUAUCUACUGGUAAAUCUUUGGUGUUAUCAAAGUUUUUUUUUUCUCUUAUUUAAGAGAAAAUGUAAUAUUUCCAGUAACUCAUGAGAGCAAUUAUUUUUUUAAGAGUACAAAGUUAUUAUUUAAAAAAAAAGCCUGAGAAUAUUAUACAAGUCUUGGUAUCAGAAAGAUUCUUUCUAUAGACUAUAGAUAAAUAAUUAGCUCAAAAUGCAAGCUAGUGGAGUAAAAGUAAAGUGUGCAAAGCCUUCCCCAGUGCGGCAUAGCUCUGGCUUAAAUUGAGAUGUUUUCCAGGGUGAGUGUGUGCGCGAGUGUGUGUAAGCGUUUGACCUGAUCACUUUGUGGCUCUCAGAAGCACGGAUCUCUCAAGCUCAGUAGCAGAACCUUUACCCUGGUGAGCUCCGUCUCUUUUCCCAGUCUCAGCCAAGACACACAGAUGUACAGUAUUCUGCCCAUCUCAACACGCUGCCUGUCGGCCAUUUUACUCAGCACAUACCAACAGUAGAAUUGUUUAUCAGUUCACUAAAGGAAUAAAAGCUCAGAAUAGAUUGUAGAAGACGCCAGGAUGUUUUACUCGGGACUGUGCCGCUGCUUGUUAGGCGGGGUUUUGGGUAAGAGACUUGACGCCUCAUGACAGAUUUAUCUUAAAAGACAUCUUUUUUCUAUGUCUUCUCCUCAGACAUCACUUUUCUAUCAGUGUUCUGGCGUGAACGUUCAUCUCAUGAAUAUUUCUAUGCACAUUUCAUACUUAGCAUUAUAACGGGACUUGGUUCUUAAAAGGGAAAUAAUCUUGUUACGUUACUAGGAGGAUCUGAAAAUCUUAUUUUGUUCAUACCAAAGUCUUUAAAGGUUGAGUUUUUUUUUUUUUUUUCUUUUGUAAAUUGCUGUGUGAUGAACGGCGGUGAUAUAAAUAGGAGUGUGAAUCUGCCUUCCUUUGUAAGGGGAAAAUGCCUUGUAAAGCUGUUUAGUUUUGUAAGAGUAGAUUUCUAUAGAGUAGAGAGAGAUACAGAGGAGAGAAUAUAAUAAUCACAGCUGUCUAUGGGGAUGUGUGCAACUGUUCAGCUAGCAUUAUGCGCUAAAUAAUUAGAAACCUGGGGCAGCAUAUAUGUCACAGGAAUCUCUGUUUCAUAUCCUGAGUUGCUUUGUGUUUUUAAAUUAGGGUUAGCUGUUGAUGUAAACAGCAUUAAAGCACAACUAAGGUGUCACUCUGUUUAAUUUAUUCUAAUCAUUCUUUGUUUUAUAAUUAUUGUCUUUUUUUUCCCCUCUGGAUAAUGUGCAAGACCUUCUUCAGAGAGCUGCUACUGUGUUCACUGUGUGCAUUUGUUUUCUGUCUUUUUUUUUUUUCUUGUUUCUUCAUCUCCUCCUCUUCCUUCUCUUCUGCACAGUCCUGAACUGGAAGCAGACCAACGAGGAGUCAGUCAUGUGUGACAUAUGCAAUAAAAAGGCGAGACGGCGAGAGCCCUGACAGGCUGGACACAGUUUGCAAUGCAAGCACAACGUGCACACGCCACCAUUUUUUAUGCAGGAAAAAAAUGUUUAUAUUAAAAAAAAAGUUCAAUCUUUGUGCUUUAAAUUGCUUUUUAAAGUUGUAAAAUAAAGGCAUUUUUUUCUUAAAAA